GUAUAAAAGGAGCAGUCUGGUCGGGAGCUCUCGGAAUUUUUCUCUUUUUGCUCAAAUCCACGCGGACAGACGGCACGGAGAUGUCGGGCACUUCGCGCGCACAGCUGUGUUUCCUCCUGUUGAGCGUCACGGCUCUCCGAGGACACGCGCGCUUUCUGGACAUACAGGAUAACGAGAUCAGCCCGGAAGGAUUAUUAUCUCUGCUGAGCAAUGAAUUAAAGCGAGAGUUACCAGAGGAGUUUGUGUACCGCAGAGCGCUGAGAUGUCUGGAUAUGGUGGCCAUAGAGGGUCAGUUUACGUUUACAGCAGAACGUCCACAGUUAAACUGCGCUGUGUUUUUCAUUGGCGAGCCUAGUGACAUCAUUAGCAUCGAGUAUGAUUCGGUCAACAUCGACUGCAGAGGAGGAGACUUCAUAAAGGUAUUUGAUGGCUGGGUUAUGAAGGGCGAGAAGUUUCCCAGCACACAGGACCAUCUUCUUCCUCUGUAUGAGCGUUAUUCUGAUUACUGCGAAAACGGAGUGUCUCGACCAAUCACACGAUCAUCUCAGAACGUCGCCAUGCUGUUCUUCAGACUCCACCAAUCAGGAAGCAGCUUCACAGUAACAUUCCGCAAACUCAUCAACCCGUUCCCCUGUAAUGUUGUCUCUCAGACCCCAGAGGGCAGUUUCACCAUGGUCAUUCCACAGCAGCACAGGAACUGCAGUUUCUCCAUAAUCUAUCCAGUAGAGAUCCAGAUUGGAGAGCUCAGUCUUGGCCAACACAAUGAUCUCAAGGUGAGCAUACAGCGGUCCAUUCUCGGCUGUGCUGGUUCUGGAGACUUUGUCGAGCUUCUGGGCGGAAACGGCAUGGACACAUCCAAGAUGUUCCCUAUGGCAGAUCUCUGCUACUCCUUUAAUGGACCAGCUCAAAUGAAGGUCGGCUGUGAUAACACUGUGGUCAGAAUGGUGUCGAGCGGGAAGUUUGUAAAUCGAGUUAGUUUCCGAUAUCGGCUACUGGGCCACCAAGAGCUUCAGCAGAUGAAGGGCAACAGCGUUGAAGACGUGUGUUUAAGAGCAUAAGACCCUCUCCCUGUUCCCUGCUCUUGUUAGGGGGGAUGCCAAACUAACUUGAGUUUGAGCCUGUAUAUUUUCCUUAUUAAAAAAUUAUUUAUUUUUUGCAUCAUCUUCUCAUUUGACUCUUCUGUUCUUUUUAAUAUCAUGAACUUGUAAGAUCUGUGGCUGAUGUUAAAUAAAAAUAUGUACUUGUGUUGGUGCACAUCA